ACAAUAGGCGGAAGGAUCAGAGGACAAACCCAAAUCUAGCCACUCUUCCCAACGAGGACGUAAACGCGAUACCGUGUGCCCGGAAGCAUCCGAGUUCAUGCCCGUUGCUAUUACGAACAACUAGCGGCUCCGUCGCUUUUGGCCUUUUCAAUGCCCGACCGUUCCCAGGAAACAAUCAAUCAGGUGGCUGUUGAUUCACUGGCCUUCCGUGUUCGUGAUACUUCUUCACUUUCCUGCGGGAGCUGAAUUGGAAGCUCCACAAUCAGAAUCAAUCAGUGGUUUGGUUCCGUAGGUGUCGAGGAAUGAAGAGAGGUGAAGUGGACUGAUCUUGUUACACUUGCUUUGAUUCUGAUUGCCUUUCAACUCAGAAAUGAUCCAAUCGGGGAAGGCAUAAUUCUGGAUCCAUUUCACAGUCGUCGCCAGGAUCCUCUUCUACAUUCAGUCAGAGUCCCACCUCCCAUACUACUCAGCAUCCUGGAUCUACUGCCAUCAUCAAUAAAGUAUAUGAGCCAUAUCAGAGCCCAGAGUCUGUAGAAGUUAGUUCUGAUGACAUCAUUAAUAGCAAAGGGAAUGGUUACUUGGACAGGAUUGAAGGGAUGGCAAAAUUUAGUGAUUUGCCUGAUCCUGAAGUUAGUCAAGCAUUGCAAAGGCUUAAAGAGCAGUUAAGUUUGGAUGACGAUAGCUUGGAAGGAAUUGAUCCAGUCUGCAAUAAUAAUGAGAAUUCAAAUGAGAUAAACUAUUUCACAGAUGAUGAACCUAGAUCUGCUGCAACACCGAAAGACUUAUACAAUCUUGUGUUUCAGAGAGAGUCAGAUCACAAUGGGAAACGUUUUCAACAAGUACUGGGUCAAGAAUUUAUGAUCAAACAUAAUGACUCUUUAUCUUGGAAAGAGAUGUUGGAGUUUUCUCAAGGUUCACCUGGUGUUGAGUCCCAAGAGAAAAUUCACUCACCUGGAAUGGAACUCCCCCACUUAAGUGGUGGUAUGCUUCUGGAGCAAGAAAGGCACCGUUGGAUAAAUUUUCCUGGGCAUAAUUCUCAAAAUUAUAAUGAUUUCCUAGCAUCUGAUAGCUAUUCCAAUAUGCAACUUUCAAUGUCCAACAAAUACCUAUCAAACUCCGAGAGUGUCUUUGCAUUACUUCCAUCCAUGCCACUAUCUCAAGAAGUUGAAAGUUUCAACACUCCUGUAUAUUUUCCUGGAGAUACUGACCCCAACAGCUUUGCAUCAUUAUUUGACCAAGAUCAUAUUGGUAUCAAUGUUGAGGCAGAUUCAAGUUUAACCAUUUCACAAAAGCAGAAAUUUACAAUUCGAGAAAUAUCACCAGAAUGGGGUUUUGCCUCAGAGACUACAAAGGUUAUCAUAGUUGGAUCUUUUCUCUGUGAUCCAUCAGAAGGUCAAUGGACUUGUAUGUUUGGUGACACUGAAGUUCCAGUUCAUAUCAUCCAGGAAGGUGUCCUAUGUUGCCAGGCUCCUCCUCACCUUCCUGGAAAGGUGACUCUUUGUAUUACCUCUGGCAAUCGAGAAAGCUGCAGUGAAGUCAGAGAGUUUGAGUACCAUGUUAGUCAGAGUGCGGCUCACUAUAGUUCAUUCCAGACAGAAACAACUAGAAGUGCAGAGGAGCUGCUCUUGCUUGUCAGGUUCGUGAGAAUGCUUCUAUCAGAGCCUUUGGUGCAGAAGGAUGAUGCAACUGAAUCACGAGUAAAUUCAUCAGUCAAAUACAAAGCUGGUGAAGAUUCGUGGGACCAUGCUAUUGGGACUCUCUUAGUGGGUGGUUGGGCUUCAUCUAGCACAACAGACUGGCUUCUGCAAGAACUUUUAAAAGACAAGUUUCAACAAUGGCUUUCUUACAAAUCAAAAGGAGGAUAUGGUCAGUCAGGUUGUUCCUUGUCCAAGAAAGAGCAAGGGGUAAUACACAUGGUUGCUGGAUUGGGCUUUGAUUGGGCCUUAAACCCAAUUCUUAAUUGUGGAGUCAGCAUAAAUUUCCGUGACAUAAAUGGAUGGACUGCUCUUCAUUGGGCUGCACAAUUUGGAAGGGAAAAAAUGGUUGCUGCGCUCAUAGCAUCUGGUGCAUCAGCUGGGGCAGUGACAGAUCCCAAUUCACAUGAUCGAGUGGGCAAAACACCAGCCUCUAUUGCUGCCACCAGUGGACACAAGGGGCUUGCCGGUUACCUUUCUGAGGUUGCUGUGACUAGCUAUUUGUCAUCCCUCACACUGGAAGAAACUGAGUUAUCUAAAAGCUCAGCUGAUGUGGAAGCCGAAAUUACAGUAAAUAGUAUCUCACAAAGGAACCUAGGCACAAAUGAGGAUCAUCUUGAUCUUAAAGACACUUUAGCUGCAGUCAGGAACACAACUCAGGCUGCUGCACGCAUACAAGCUGCAUUUCGUGCGCAUUCAUUCAGGAAAAGGCAACAGAGAGAAGCUGCUCUCGUUGCUUCUGACAGUGGAGAUGAGUACAGUAUUCUUUCAAAUGAUAUUCCAGGUCUUUCAGCUGCAGCGAAGUUGACUUUUGGCACUGCCCGUGAUUACAAUGCAGUUGCUCUAGCUAUUCAGAAAAAUUAUCGAGGUUGGAAAGGGCGGAGGGAUUUUCUGGCAUUACGCCGAAAAGUAGUGAAGAUACAGGCUCACUUUAGAGGACACCGGGUUAGGAAGCAAUUCGAAAUAAAAUGGGCUGUGAGUAUUCUAGAGAAGGUUGUACUGAGGUGGCGCCGGAAGGGAGUCGGAUUGCGUGGAUUUCAGCACGAAAUGGAGUGCGUCGGCGAGAGCGAAGACGAAGAAGACAUUCUCAAGGUGUUCCGGAAACAGAAAGUGGAUAAAACUAUCGACGAGGCUGUGUCAAGAGUGCUGUCCAUGGUAGACUCGCCAGAGGCGCGCCAGCAAUAUCGCCGCAUGCUUGAAAGAUACCGGCAGGCCAAGGCUGAACUGGAAGGGGCAGAGAGUGUUAGUGAAGUAACAUCAGCUUCUCAGUGGGAUGUUUCCUAUAUGGAAGAUGCAUACCAGCUGCUGCUGCAGCAGCACCCAUAGAUGUACAAAUACUAAUAUUAACUUGUAAAACCUCCGUAUCUAAUUGCAGAUUUUUAGCCCUAGCAGGUAGAUGGUUUUAUGGUGUAUUGUGACACUCGCAUAUGGUUUUCAUUGUUGGUCACUUAAAAAAGUCCUGUGUGUCAAAAAGUGUUGUAAAUGCUCGUUCUAUGACUUUUGUGUAAAUUGUUAUUUAUUCUUCUCCCUGUC